UGAGACGGGCCUUUGCUGACGUCUGGGCUAGAUCCAGUGAUGGCUGACCAGGACAUGUUGGAAACUGGAGUAUGCCUUGAUUCGAGACAUAGCUAUGAGGGACCGUCGCUGCCAGCCUCCGAUCUGGUCCAGCGCAGUGCUGCUGCCUACGUCACCGGCAAGGGCAUCAAGAACAGAGCCGAGAAGCAGGAGGAUUCGGUUGCUGGCGCCAUCGCCGCUGCCCACUCCAUCCCGCUCCGUCGUUCCCCUCUACGUCUCUGUCUUCCUUGAGGAGGAACUGCAGGCUUGUAGCUCCACGAUACCUGGGGCUGAAGUCGUAGCCAGCCGGGACUUGAGUCUCGCGGGAUGAACCUCCAAGAACGACUUAUACCGGGUAUCCCAGGGCAGACUGAAAGAAAGAAGGCCAUGUGCCCCCGUUUAGCGUGCGCUCUGCCGCUUUUACUCCGAUAGAUGAGCCAAUGAGGGGAACCAUGACGUCGUUGAGUUUUGCUCCCUCCAACCUCUCGUCGUGGCGAAUAUGUUUC